AUGGUGGAUCCGGAUAAUAAUGUUGCCCGUGCUGGGCGUGCUGCUGCUGGCGUUCCGCCACCAAGUUUUACGAUUGACCCCUUCGACAAGCGGAAGCUGAAGUGGAUGCGGUGGGUGGAACGGCUGGAAAAUGCAUUCAUCAUUUAUGCAGUCGACGAUGUAGAUAUGCGGAAAAGUUUAUUGCUCCAUCAUAUGGGCGCGGAAAGCUACGACAUAAUUUGUGACAAAAUUGCGCCGGAUGCGCCCCGUGAUAAAACGUAUCAACAAAUUGUUGACAUUCUGGAAACAUUUUUCAAUCCCCGUCCACUUGAAAUCAGUGAAAACUUCCGUUUUAAGUGCCGUCGCCAAGGCGAUAAGGAUGCAGCAACACCGGAGGAGUCGGUGGAUGAAUACUUGGUUGCACUUCGACGGAUUGCUGUUACUUGCAAUUUCGGCCAGUAUUUGGAGACAGCCCUCCGGAAUCAACUGGUGUUCGGAAUAAAAAGGAAUGACAUUCGAAGCCGGUUGCUAGAAAAAAGGGAGCUCACACUGCAGAGCGCUCGUGAUAUCGCCGUGAGUAUGGAGCUGUCAAAGAAAGGUGGAGCUGAAAUUGAAGGUUGCCAAGGUAAGCAGGAGGUCCACAAAGUGCAGCACCAGUCAGGCUCAAGACCUGGUGGUUCGCAAGUGACGGAUAAUCAAAGUACAUUGCAAACGAAUUUCGUGGACAAUUUCGAAACAAACGGUAGUGAUAAAAGUCCCGAUAUUCGCGAAGUGUGUUCGGUAAACUCCAUUUCGGACAAUGAAAAACUUUGGAUGAAAGUGCGCGUAAAUGGAGUGGAACUGCGUUUCGAGGUAGAUACGGGAUCGCCUGUUACGAUCCAUCGGUGUGCUGGGAAUAAUGGACGCGUGUGUCGAAUUCGGCGGGCAAAACUCGCAGUUACCGUUGUACGUCGUGAAAUCGGAAAAACAUCCGUUAAUCGGACGCGAAUGGUUGACGCGUUUGUCGGUCGAUUGGAACAAAAUACUGCGGUCAAUGAAAUAAGUAGAUUUAUUCCUGAAAGCAACCGAGCUACUCCGGAUGCUGUGCCUGACUCUUCUGUUGCGGUGAAGAAAGUGUUGCUAAAGUUUCCAAGAGUGUUCGAGGAAUCAAUUGGAAAAAUCUCCCGUGUUCAAGCCAAUCUUCCAUUAAAGAAGGAUGCUCGUCCCGUUUUCUUAAAGGCCCGUAAAAUACCGUUCAAUCUGCAGAAGGUUGUCGAAGCAGAGCUUGACAAAUUAGUAGAAGAAGGAGUUUUAACGAAGGUCAACCAAAGUAACUGGGCAACCCCAAUUGUGCCGGUGAAGAAAUCCAACAAUCGUGUGCGUAUUUGCGGGGACUACAAAAAAACUGUCAACCCUAACCUUGUGGUAGACAAACACCCGCUUCCCACGGUGGAUGAACUGUUCACUUCUCUUGCUGGUGGGAAGAAAUUUAGCAAAAUUGAUUUAGUGCAGGCCUACUUGCAACUCGAAGUCGCUCCGGAAGAUCGCGAAAUUCUAACCCUGAGCACUCACCGAGGUUUGUACCGUCCCAGUCGCCUCAUGUACGGGGUAGCGUCGGCACCUGCUAUCUGGCAACGACAAAUGGAGGCAUUGCUGCAAGGGAUCGAGGGGGUCAGUGUCUUUUUGGACGAUAUAAAGGUAACUGGACCCAAUGAUGAGACUCAUUUGCGCCGAUUAGAAGAGGUGUUGCGUCGUCUAGAUGAAAGUAAUAUUCGUGUAAACCGAAACAAGUGCGUGUUUUUUGCUAAUGAGAUAGAAUACUGCGGUUACUUAAUUGAUUGCAACGGCAUUCACAAGAUCCAGAAAAAGGUGGAUGCUAUCCAGGAGAUGCGGAGGCCGGAAAACAAGAAUGAAGUACGUUCGUUUGUAGGCCUAAUCAACUACUACGGUAGAUUUUUCUACGAUUUGAGUACUGUACUCUAUCCCCUAAAUAAUUUGCUGAAGAAAGAUGUGCCGUUUAAAUGGAGUAAGCAAUGUGAGAAGUCCUUUCAGGUAGUAAAAAAGCAAAUGCAAGCGGAAACCUGUCUCGUGCAUUAUUCCCCCGAGUUGCCUUUGCUAUUGGCUACUGAUGCUUCGCCGUACGGGGUUGGAGCUAUACUGAGCCACAUCUAUCCAGACGGGUCGGAGAGACCGAUUCAAUUUGCAUCUCAAACGCUGAAUCGUACCCAACAAGCUUACCUUCACGUGGAUAAGGAGGCGUACGCGAUAAUAUUUGGAGUGAAGAAAUUUUUUCAAUUUUUAUAUGGUCGCAAAUUCGUUUUGGUGACGGACAACCAAGCAGUAACAAAAAUAUUUGCGGAGCACAAAGGGUUGCCAGUAAUGUCCGCGUUGAGAAUGCAGCAUUAUGCAACCUACCUGCAGUCCUUCGAUUACGAAAUACGAUUCCGGAAGUCAGCGGAACAUGCCAAUGUCGACGCUCUUUCACGAAUACCACUGAAACUAGCGGAGGCAGAUAAUAUAAUCGAAGAGUCGGACUUAGUGGAAAUGCACCAGAUCGAAACACUUCCACUUACCGUUGCUGAAUUGGCUCAGGCAACUGCUGAGGAUUUAACAGUUAAGAAUUUAAUCCAAGGAGUAAAGUACAGCAUACUGGUCACGGGAAAGGAUCGAUUUGGAAUUGAUCAGAGCGAGUUCGCAAUGCAGAAAGGCUGUCUGCUGCGUGGCAUACGGGUGUAUGUGCCACCUUCGCUACGGAAGCGUGUUCUGGAUGAGCUGCACUCUACGCACUUCGGGACAACGCGAACCAAGUCGCUGGCAAGAGGAUUUUGCUGGUGGAUGGGCAUGGACAAUGAGAUCGAGGAGAUGAUCGCGAACUGUAUCAAUUGUCAGUCGGUCAGACCCGAACCCGCGAAGAUGUUGUUACACUGCUGGGAGGCCCCAACUGCACCGUUCGAGAGAGUCCAUGUGGAUUUUGCGGGACCAUUCAUGGAUACUUACUUUUUCAUUCUUGUCGAUGCUUUUACGAAAUGGCCGGAGGUACGGGUGUGUAGUUCUAUCACUGCUGACAGCACAAUCAGGAUGUGUCGCGAGAUUUUCAGUAUUUUUGAGAUUCCGUCGGUGCUCGUUACCGAUCACGGUGUUCAGUUUACAUCCGAACAGUUCCAACAGUUCUUACGGAUGAACGGUAUCACACACAAGAUGGGAGCACCCUAUCACCCUGCAACAAAUGGACAGGCAGAGCGCUUUGUGCAGACAAUUAAGCAGAAACUGAAAUCAUUGAAGUGUACGAAGGCACAGCUGAAUGCUGAACUCUGCAAUAUACUCUUGACAUACCGUAAGAUGCUACAUCCUGCUACGGGUCAAUCUCCUGCCAUGAUGAUGUUCGGCCGACAAAUUAGAUCCAGAAUUGACCUGAUGCUACCGAAGAACGAGACCGUUAGUGCAAAGAAUUAUACCGUGCGUGAAUUCAAAGACGGAGAUCGUGCGCGUGUUCGAGAUUUUUUGUCUGCUGAAAAGUGGAAGUUCGGAAGGAUUGCUGAGAAAGUUGGUAAACUUCGAUAUGCUGUUCGCUUGGAUGACGGGCGGUGUUGGGAGCGUCAUAUCGACCAUAUCGUUGGGGUGGGCGCGCAUCUCCCGGAAACUUCAUCUAAUAGUACUACAUCUAUAAAUCUGGACUACUACAGCCAGGGAAUUGAUGCCCCUACAUCCGGAGUAUCGACUGCUGACUAUGCAAAUAAACCGUCAACCACUGCUCCGGUCUGUUUUCCGGAGACGCGAGCUGUUCAACGAAAGGAGCAACCUGAUCCUGAUCCAGAACCAGAGCAAGGUCCCUCGAAUUGCAGGACCGAAACAGUUCCACUAAGGCGUUCUACCAGGGUGGUGAAGGCUCCAACACGAUUGAACUUGUAA